AUGGUUCAGACAUCGACCGUCGUGACGGCAUCGGUCGCAACCGCCGCGGCCGCCGUUGUCGCCUACGUCGCCUGGUUCGACUACCGCCGCCGCUCGCAAGCCGACUUCCGCCGCAACCUGAGGAGAAACGAGCGCCGCCAGGCCCGCGCCGAGAAGGAGGAGGCCGAGGCCUCGACGCGGCGCCAGCGCGACGCCAUCAAGCUCAAGGUCGACGAGGCCAAGGAGGAGGGCUUCCCGGCCGGUGUUGAGGAACGCGAGGCCUACUUCAACGAGCAGGUCAUGUCGGGAGAGAUGCUCAGCUCAGACCCUUCCAAGGCGGUUGAGUCGGCUCUUGCCUUCUACAAGGGCCUCAAGGUGUACCCCGCCCCCGGCGACCUCAUCAAGAUCUACGACAGCACGGUGCCCAAGCCUAUAUUAGACAUCCUGGCCGAGAUGAUCGCAUACGACUCCAGCCUAGACAUCCGCGCCCGCCCCGCCGCUGGCGGCAUCAACCUGGGCGACAUUCCCAACGUCGGCCUCGACUAA